GACCAACAGCAUUGGCAGUCAUCAUAAGUUAAAACUAAACUAGAUGUAUAUCUUAAUUUAUCAGUUAGCUAGCUAGCUCAGGGAUUGAUUUACAAUGGAAGAGGACUCUGAAGACCCGUCCAGCUCGUCUCCAUCCUGCUCCACGGAUCCCCAACCCACUGUGUCCCCGGAUCCUGACAGGAACCAUGGCGACCAGGAGUACAGUAACCAUGGUGAUCAGAAAGACACACCGCAAGGUCAGGAGAGGGUUACUGUGAGUCUGGACAUCAACAGUGAAACACCAACAUUUAAUAUCGUAGUCAAAGAAGAAGAAGAAGACUGGGAACUAGAUAAUACAGGAGAGAGUCCCAGCCAUCACUCUGCAGCCGGGGAGAGACCCUCUACAUCAGGAGAACCUGAACAACACCAGAUGAAACGCAGAACGAGGCAGAAAAAGACCCACCCAUGCCCAGAUUGUGGGAAACACUGCCAGACAUUAUCGGCACUACAAAUACACAUGAGAACCCACACAGGAGAGAAGCCUUAUACCUGCUCUGAGUGUGGGAAGGGCUUCACUCAUCAAUGUAGUUUGAGGUGCCACCACCAGAAGAAACAUUCUGAACAGAUUAAAACCGACCCGGAUGACAAGAUUGGCUGCUGUUGUGGACAAGAGUUCUCUUCCAAGAAUGUUCUGGAGGUUCACUUGAAGACAAACACUGGAGACAAGCCUUACACCUGCUGUGUGUGUAAGAAGACCUUUACUCAUAAAGCAUUACUGAAAGUACACCAGCGGUCCCACACAGGAGAGAAGCCUUUCUCUUGCUCUCUGUGUGAGAAGAGUUUUACUCAAAAAGGAAAUUUGACAACACACGAGAAGUCGCACGCCGGAGAGAAACAUCCUUGCUCAGUCUGUGGAAAGAGUUUCACUCAGAAAGGCUAUCUGAAGAUUCAUCAGCGGCUUCACUGUUCUGAAGGGGAGUUGAGUUCCUCUGUAUCAAGAGCACUUGAACAUCGACAGAGGAGAGCUAAGGCGACUCACAGAUGCCCAGACUGUGGGAAAGAGUUUCCUCAAACAUAUUACCUGGACAGACACAUGAGAACACACACAGGAGAGAGGCCUUACCAGUGCUCUGUGUGUGGGAUGAGUUUCACGCAGAAAGGAAAUUUAAAAACGCAUCAGAAAGUGCACACUGGUGAGAACACGUUAUGCUGUCAUUGA